AUGUCUGCAUGGUCCUCAGACUGGCGCAAGAAAGAACGCCGCUCUGUCGAAUGCAAGUCAGCACGACGGUCCCAACCAAGCUCUAUCAGCACACCCUAUAAUACGUUGUACACCAUCAUGCUUUCCUCUCCAGACGGUUCCAAUAGCGGCACAGCUUUAUCGAACAUACAGACCUGCGAACCCAGGCGGAUGUCGUCUCGCAAGCGCAAGUCCAUCUCCUAUCGCUCCAGCGACGGUGAUGGCGAGCUUGAUACAGACGGCGAAGGCGAGUACGAGGACGACAACGAGGAGGAUGACGAUGACGACAGCAACACGAUCCAUCAGCGCCGCGCAAGUCAGACAGGCUCCAUCAAACGCCGUCAAUCAACAGGCCAUGCUGUCAACGAUGUGGAUGACGCCUACUUUGUUGACCACCGCAACUUCAGAGCAUCGUCCGAAAGCAAGAGACGUCGCAACCGCAAAGCAAUGUCCUGCGAAGGAUGUCGCAAGAAGAAGACCAAAUGUGAUAGGUGUCUACCAUGUGCAUCUUGCCGCGCCCGAGGGGAGCCAUGUAUCUGGAAGUCGGCAGAACCUCAAUGCGUUGCCACGGAAGUCGCGCCUACGCAAGCAGAGCACUCUCGUCUCUUGCGCGUCGUCGAACAUCUGGCCUCUCGCCUUGGUCUAUCCGAGACCGAGCUGCGUGCGCUCGAGCGCUCUUGCAGCACCAACAAGCCCGAAGGAGCUCGCAUGGAUCAACGCCGACGCUCUGGCACGGGCGCAUCGCUCUUUGAUCAGCAUCAUUCGGGCACUCUCGACCUCUCCCGGGGUCUACCCAAGACUCGUUCGUCAAGCUGUCUGAGCAAUUUCUCGGAUAGCAAGGCCGCUCGUCCGUCGCUCUCACCUCAAACGUCGACGAGUCCUCCUCCCUAUGCAAGGCAGAUGUCAACCUCGCUCCCCUCUGCCACCGCCGGCUUUCCUCUGCUCGAUCUCCGCGCUCAGAACGUCAUCUGGCCAGAUCAGGUCAAGGAUCUCGGCAUGUCGAGAUUCUUGACGAUGGGUCAAGCGGUCCCCAUUGCGCCUACUAUGCUCCCCAUCGCGCCUGGCGGCCCACCGUUUGCCGGCUCACAAAUGUCAGCCUUUGACACGGAAACGAUCAUUCCGCCAGCAGAGCCCGCCCCGUUCGUGUUGCCUUCUCUGAUCGCAACAACUAUGCCAGGCUAUAGACAAUCUGCGAUGUUUGCUCAAGUCGACUGGUCGUUCCGCACACCGCGCGAUAUGCUCACGACGCGAGACUUUGCUGGUCAAAGGCCACGUACGCCCGCCAUCAAGCAAGAGCCCCAAGAAACGCUUAGUCCUUCCGGUCUCUCGGUGACCGCGCCUGCGGACUCGCUCUCUCCCGCACGAGCAUUCUCGCUCGAGCAAACGCAUCGCAAAUCAGAAUACAAUUCAACCGGCUCGGUUCUGGAUGGCUCAGCUAGCCCAUUCGGCGAGAUCGCUUAUUUCAACAACGACGAAUCGUCUGGAUCGUCUAUGACACCCGGCGACGAGCCGGGCAUGCUCGAGCCAAUGCUCUCUGCAUAUAGCUUCCCUCGACUGUAG